AUAAGAUACGAGGUGUAGAACACGCUGUAUUUAACGUUUAGUACUAAAUGAACUUUACUUGAUAAUAGAAUAUUCAAGGGCAUGCCAACGAAUAAUCAAUAGAUUACUUAAUCCAACCACACGACACAGUUCAUUGUAUUAUUUCAGGAUGGUGCUCUCAAUGGAACGUUGGAAAAAUAAGGUCGCUGUUGUUACCGGAGCCAGUGCCGGCAUUGGAUCGUCAAUUGUCGAAAAACUACUCGAAUUGGGUCUUAUUGUCGUCGGACUGGCACGUCGCAAGGAAAAAAUUCAAGCACUGAGUACGAACAAAAAUUUGCACGCUAUUCAAUGCGAUAUUACUAAAGAGAGCGACAUACUAAAAGCGUUCGCAUGGGCCGAGGAGAAUUUGGGCCCCAUUCACAUUUUGGUAAACAACGCGGGCGUGGGGCGUGUUACCAAUUUAAUAGAUGGCAAAACAGAAUUUUGGAAGGAUGUAUUUGACACCAACGUGAUGGGGUUGUGCAUAGCAACUAGGGAGGCGGUGAAGUCGAUGCGCAAAAAUAAGGUGGACGGUCACGUAGUCCACAUCAGCAGCAUUUUUGGACAUAAAGUGGUUCCUUUUGAAAAUCUAAACGUGCUGUGCGCAUCGAAACACGCCAUAACGGCGUUAACGGAAACCUUGCGACAGGAACUAAUCGCAAUCGGUAGCAAAAUAAAGAUAUCGUGCGUAAGUCCAGGAAUUACUAAAACCGAGGCGAUUGAAGCGGCUUGUUUAGCGAGUGGACCAUCAGAAGCCACCACAAGGUACAAGGAGGGUACCAAAGGGGCCCCGGCCCUUAAUCCUUCUGAUGUGGCAGAUGCUGUGGUUUACAUCUUAUCAACACCCCCUCACGUUCAGAUUCACGAUCUUUGGAUUAAGCCAGUUGGAGAAAGCUUUUAAGUAGGCAUAGGAACAGUAAUGGAGAAGCCUUUAACAUCGGUCAGUUGCUUAAGAUUUUUACACAUGUACUUUUAUCAUACUUAGUAAAAGUUCCUGAAAUUCG